AUGACAGCCCAGGAACGUCCAGAAGGAGUCCCGGAAGAGACUACGCCUCUUUUGGGGGAAUCUUCCAACAAUGGGGAAGAUUUGGCGCGAAUUCAUGUUUCUCGAUGGAGGGGAUCGGCGAUAGUGGCCGCCAUGGGAUUGUUGCUGUUCAUCAUGACAACCAAUAUGUCAAUGAUGACUACUGCGCAAUCUGAGAUUGCGGCUGACCUGGAUGCUUUUUCUGAAACAACAUGGUUCAACUCGGCUUUCUUGAUUGCCAUGUCCAGCCUCACACCUCUCUCCGGUCGACUCUCCCAAAUCUUCACGCCUCGUGUAUAUAUCCUUUUCUCUUGCACAUUAUUGUCCAUUGGUCUCUUUGUGACGGCACUGGCUCCCACAUUGGCUGUCUUUCUUUUGGGGCGAGCUCUUACGGGAUGUGGUGCUGGCGGGCAAAUGGUCAUCGCCUUCGUCUUGACUCUCGAUUUAACGAGCAAGAAGCGCCGAGGUCUCUUCAUCGGUCUAAUCAGCGCCGGGAUGACUACCGGCGUUUCCUCUGGGGCUGUGCUAGCCGGUCUUCUGACGCCGGCUUACGGAUGGCGGAUUAUCUUCUGGGUCCAAGCACCUCUAGCUCUGAUACUGGGCCCGGUACAAUACUUGGCGAUCCCGAAACGCCCGGAGGAUGAGCACCUAAGUGGACGCGCUCUCUGGCGGAGGUUGGCGAAGGUUGACUAUGCCGGGGCGUUGACGUUGACCAUCUCCGUCUUCCUGUUACUUUCAAGCCUCGCUGCGGCGGUAGUCAAGUUCACGCCUAUCCUUCUAUCACUCGUUUUCUUGGUGAUCUUCGUCUUGAUUGAAUCGAGAUUCGCUACCGACCCCAUCAUCCCGAUGGAGGUGCUCAAGAAAAGGAGCGUCUUGCUGAGCUGCUUGGCAGGUGCUAUUUGUAUGAUGGCACGCUGGGCAGUUCUCUUCUACUCGCCAGUCUAUGCACUCGUCGUUCGCGAUUGGUCUCCUGCCACCGCAGGCUUGAUUCUGGUACCAACCAACGCCGGGUUCGGCUUAGGAGGACUCCUAGUCGGAUGGAUACACAUUCGGAAAACGGGCAGCUACUACAUCUCCGGUCUCAUAGCCUUCUUCCUAUUCGCCUUGACAAAUCUCGUAUUAUCCGUUCUCUCCACGCCACACUCUUCCACGGUCGCCUAUCUUUUCGCCAGCUUCUUCAAUGGACUCUCUGUCGGAGCAGUCAUGAACUACACCCUAUCCCACUUGCUACAUCUCACUGACCCAGACAUGCAUUAUGUUAUCAGCGCCUUGCUUGGAAUGAGCAGAGGUUUCGCCGGCAGCUUCGGGUCCUCAAUUGGCGGGGGUUACUUUCAGCGUGAGUUAAAAAGAGGGCUUGAGACGGGGUUCAUGAAGCAUGGACUUUCCAAUAGAGGUGAGCUGGUUCGUAAACUUCUCGGAAGUCCGGCACUGGCGAAACGCCUGACAGGCGUGGAGAGGGCGGUCGCUGUUCAUAGCUACGAACAGGCCGUGAAGACGUUGCUACUGGGUGCUUGUGUCUUGGCCAUUGCUGCCGCGGCCGCCCAGGCUGGGACUGGGUGGACGCCGUACAAGGGGAAGAAACCGGAAGAUCUUGGGGAUUUGGAGGCGACGGCAGAGGAAGAGCAGUGAAUGCGGUACACCUACUAGUGUAGUAGACUUACCUCACGUCUUCCAAAUAGUCGGACAUGUCUUUCU